AUGUCAUCCACGGCAAAACUUGCCGCGGAUCUGAUACAGACACAGGCACAGGCACAGGCUCAGGAGCUGGGGGUUUGGGCAAGGAUAGGCACAUCCUCUACCGAGAGCGACAAUCUUGCUGUCUGCACUCUGUAA